ACCUUGAACCUCAUACGACCCGCCCAUCAACAUGUCCGACUUAGCGCGGAGCACCGGACUGCACGAUUUGCCCCCUGAGAUCUUCGAGUCAACCCUCACACACCUGGACCUCGAAUCGAUCAAGGCUCUCCGCUUAGUCGACCGAAAGCUGGCCGAGAAGUGCAUCGGACCCCGAUUCCUAAGGUGCAUCCAACAGCCUGUUCUUGAUGUCUCACCGCAGAGUCUUCGCUCUCUGCAUGCGUUGGCGCGCAUUCCUGCACUCAGCAAGAAGAUCCACUCGCUCACAUUCCUUGCUAUAACAAUGGAACCUUCUGGGUUAGACAAGGACAUCAAAUCUGGGAGGUACACAGCGGAGAAACUCAACAAGCACGGAUACGUUACCUCCCGGAGCACAGUCAAAUUCACGCCCGAGGAACUGGAAAAGGCCAAAUCUGAUCUGCGCUGGCUUAAUGAACAGCAAGAGGCCAGAGAUCAGGAGUCACCGAGCGAGAUGGUUGAGAUCCUGCAACUCGCGCUCAAAUUGUUUGGAACCUUGGAUGUCAUCCGCUUUGAUGGCGGAGUCCUCCGCGGUCGGACGGAGAGAAAGGCGCCCAAUUCCAAAGACUGGCAGCCACUCUGGGCGCGAGCCUCGCAAAUCCUCUCGUGGGUUUUGAGGGCAAUGGUGCAGAGUAGGGUGUCGGUGAGGAGCCUUGAUAUCUUUCGUGAUACUGAUAAAUGCUGUAUUCCGAUUGACAAGAUCACCGAUAUUGCAUUGGGUCUGGGCCCAGGGCAGCUGGAAAUACUCGGCAAGGAUCUGAUAUCGCUCAAGCUCAGUAUUUCCAUGGCUAUAGAGGAUUCUCUCAAAGAUGAGGAGGAAGAGGAGGACGAGGAGGACGAGGCGGACGAGGAGGAAGGGGAGGAAGAGGAAGAAAAGGAAGAAGAAGGAGAGGAUCCCCCGCCCGUGCUAGAGGAUGGAACACCCGGGAUAGCAUCACUCUUCCUCAAAUCCGCACCAGCUCUUCGAGAGCUGGACUUAACAUUCCGGCGCACCGCAUAUGGAGAAGAAUUAUUUCACUGCUACGAUAGGAUCGUCGACAGUAUCGCUCAUGAAAUCCAAUUGCCAUUUUUGGAAAAAUGUGCGUUGUCGGGAUUCGCGGCCAAAGGACAGUCCCUGCUGCUCUUUCUCCAAAAGCAUUCCAACCUGCGCUCGUUGACGCUGCAUGAGUGUCACCUGACCUCUGGGUCAUGGACCCCGAUCUUUGCUCAUUUGGAGCGUUCUAUGCCAAUGCUGGAGAAUCUCAGCCUUAAGAACCUGUUUGGGAGACAUAUGCAAAACCUGAAGUAUGCACAAUCCAGAGGACGUGCUUUACCCGAUGCCACUCGUGAGCAGGAAGCAAAGGAUAACGAGCAGCUGGGCAAGGGGCUGGUGGUCUUGUUGCCAGUCUGGGACACAAAUUGGCCACCGCAGUGGACACGCUACUCGCAUUCCAAUGGAUUAGCUGUGCACACCAGGGACUUCACCCGCGAGGACUUGGCCAAAGGACUGGUGUUCCGGCCGCUUAGAAAAGCGCCUGGACGAGCCCUCGGUUCCCCUGAGCUUAUGCGCUGGAGCAAUUCUAGGACUCAACUUUACGCGCCUCCCAGAUAGGUUAAGGGCAUGGUUUAUUCUUUGAGACUUCAAGGCAGAACAAGUGGUUUUCAGCCAGUCCGCCAAGCGACUUACCUCUGCACAGAGUUUAGAUGGUUCUACAAAACCCUGGCCAUCUCCAUCAGUCAAGGGUCAAGGCAUAUGAAGUACUUGCAGAAAGCAGAAUCGUCAUAGUACCACGAUAAUUGUACUCCAUAUACUUAGAUGAAC